AUGGCCCCACCAACGAUACCAGCAGAACACUCAGUCAAUGACUUUGCGAAUGAUGUCGCGUCACAGAUGGAAGGCUUCACUCAGUCCCAAGAUAUAGCACAGGAAGCAAUUGCACGGGAUCGGGAAGAGGACAACUCGGUAUCUGAGAACGACGACGAUUCUUCCUCGGGUUCCGACACAGUCCGGCAAUAUUCCAUGAUAAACUCUUAUCGCCGGCCUUCCUACGUCAACCCAGGAUCACGCGGCACUGCGAUAAUAUCUUCAAGCGUACCUGAAAGAAGCCACCUGCCGACGUCAUGGAAAAAACAUAGUCAUCUGUCUAAGAAAGAGAGGGAGACUGUGCGAGACGAGGAGCGGAGCCUACUCCGCGACAACAACUUAAUUCCACCCAAGCAUCUAAGAGCUGGAAGUGAAGGACCCUUUGAUAGAGUACGAUCUAGGAUGUCUAUUUCGGGACUGCGAAAGGUCAGAAGCACGCCUGACGAGGAGAGCGCAGUGGAGUCAUCCUCCGAACGUACAGCUCUAUUGGGAGCCCCUGAAGACGAUCCAGACCAACCAUAUGGGGGCUUAGACUCACCGAAGACAAUCAACAAGAAAUGGAAUGAGGCAGUUGCAGCGGGAAAGAUCAACACAAGCUGGCAGCGAGAAGCAAAGGUCCUGACGAAGAGCUCCGCACCGCUCAUUUUGACAUUUUUACUGCAAUACAGCUUGCCAGUAGCGAGUAUUUUCACCGUUGGACACAUCGGUAAAACCGAACUAGGAGCCGUGAGUCUGGCGAGUAUGACUGCGUCGAUAACGGGUUAUGCAGUAUACCAGGGCCUGGCUACUUCACUCGACACGCUUUGCGCGCAAGCAUAUGGCUCCGGACGUCCGCAUCUUGUUGGUCUGCAACUACAACGCAUGUUGUACUUUCUCCUUCUAAUAACCAUCCCGAUAUCACUCAUAUGGGCUUUCGGCACACAGAUUCUCUCGCUCAUCGUUCCGGAGAAGGAGACCGCACGCUUGGCUGGACUCUACUUGAAGGUCCUCAUUGCUGGCGCACCUGGCUAUGCGGCGUUUGAAAGCGGAAAACGCUAUGUACAGGCGCAAGGUAUUUUCAGCGCGACCAUGUACAUUCUACUCAUAUGUGCUCCACUCAACGCUUUCCUGAAUUGGUUCAUGGUCUGGCAUCUUGGCUGGGGCUUCAUCGGAGCACCCAUCGCAGUUUCGAUCACGGAAAAUGUCCUUCCUCUAUUGCUAUUCCUCUACGUAAGGUUCAUCGACGGAUACCAAUGCUGGGGUGGUUUCGAUAGAAGAGCUCUCAGAAACUGGAUGCCCAUGGUGAAGCUUGCGCUUCCCGGCCUGAUCAUGGUGCUUGCCGAGUUUCUAGCUUUCGAGAUCCUGACACUGAGCUCAUCCUGGCUUGGUCCAACCGAACUUGCAGCGCAAUCUGUGCUUGGCUCGAUCACCGGCAUUACCUUCCAAAUCCCGUUCCCGAUGAGCGUAGCAGCAUCCACUCGCAUCGCCAACCUUAUCGGUGCUACACUGGCGGUUCCAGCGAAAACAGCAGCCAAAGUCGCCGUCUUCGCCUCAGUCCUUGUCGGUAUCUUUAACCUACUGCUGCUUUCGCUGCUUCGUGAAGCCAUCCCUCGUCUUUUCACACCCGACGAGGAGGUCAUAGACAUGGUGGCAAAGCUCCUCCCACUAUGCGCAACAUUUCAGGUCUUUGAUGCGCUGGCCGCCAACUGUAACGGCAUCUUGCGUGGCUUAGGUAGACAGGAAAUUGGCGGCUAUGUUGGACUGUUUGCCUACUAUAUUGUUGGUAUCCCAAUCAGCUUCGGUACUGGGUUCGGAUCGCCGCAUUGGGGCUUGUACGGGCUCUGGAGCGGACCGGCAAUUGCACUUGGAAUCGUUGCUGCAAUUGAAGGUGUCUUCAUCUGGCGGACCAGCUGGGACAAGGCAGUGGAAGAUGCGAAGGUGCGGAAUGCCGCAAACUAG